UAAGGAGCUUACGUCUCGAGAUACGUUUGUUGCCAGCUGUUAUUUUCUUCGGUCUCCCUUAGCCGUAUAAAAGCAUUGCAGCUCGGACGAAAACCAGCAGAGUACCAACAUAAUGUCUGAGGAAACGAUCUAAAGGAGUUACAAGAUACCCGCGUGGCUGACUGAGCAUUACGUCGAGCAAAAGUUAUGAGGCUACUUCAAGAAUGACACCCUGAAUCUGGAGAAACGGGAGGUCAAGCCCGCAACGGCAAGUGGACAGAACUAUGCCAGUGUGAUGACCCGGAUUAAUGUGGAGUAUACCACAGAGGGUUCUAAGCAUAUGCAGCCGGCAACGUUCCUGCUGAAAACCACCUUCGCCGACAAGGAUCCAGCGGCCCAUAUUCUCUUCGACUAUGGAAUCUACACUCGCGAGAUGGACAUGUACGAGCAGAUCCUGCCCCAUUUGGCGAUUAUAGUGAGGGAGGAGCUCCAGGAUACCAGGAAGAUGUUUGCUGCCACCGUAAAUGCGGAUCGCCAGCGAGACUCGAUCAUCUUUGAAGAUCUCUCCCUGGAGCAGUAUAAAGUGGCUUGCCGGCUAAAGAAACUGGAUUUGGUGCACACUCAUUUGCUGCUGGAGAAGCUAGCCAAGUUUCAGGCAGCCGGAGCAGCUCUGGCAGAACGGCUGCCUGGGAUCUUUGAGAAAAACUACGAUCGAGGAUUUUUCAACAAACAUUGUCGCGGCUACGAACACAUCAUGACGAAUGUUCUGAAGGCCUUGUCGCAUACCCUAGAGCUGAAUGGGGAUCUCAAAAAACGCUACCAGGCCAAGAUCGAUCGACUGGUGGAUAAUGUAAUGGCCUACGGCGAAAGAGCGACUUCAAAUAAUCCAGGGGACUUUCUUACCCUAGCCCAUGGAGAUCUUUGGACCACCAAUGUUAUGUUUCAGUAUGAUAACAAAGGUCAUCCCACCAAUGCCAUCUUCAUAGACUUCCAGUUCAGCGUUUGGAACUCUCCGGCCAUCGAUCUUCAUUAUUUCUUCUCCACCUCAAUACACGAAAAUCUCCGUCUGCAAAAUCAAACUGAGUUGGUACAAUUUUACUAUUAUAAGCUAGUGGAGGCCCUGAAAAAGGUCAACUAUUUGGGCAAGGUUCCAAUUUUGUUUGUCUUCCAGCAACAGUUUCGGGCCAGAGCAUUUUAUGCUGUGUUCUCGUCACUGGUAUUUGAGCCCGCCAUUGUGUACAAUGGCAAGGAGGAGCCAUCCAUAGAGAAGUUUAUAUCUGCCGACGAGGAGGGAGUACGGCUCAGGGAUGCAGUCUACCAAACAGAAGAAACUGAAAAGAAAUUGCACCUGAUACUGCCGUUCCUCGAUCAGUUGGGAUUGCUGGACGAAAUGUAAAAUAAUGUCCCAUAAAAAGUACUAGUCUAAUACUAUAUUUUAGAUACCAUUUCUAAUGAUCAAUUAAAGAAGAUGGACAAUAUAAGUUGUAUUCACCAAGUUGUUGAUAAAAUAGAUAAACUACAUCUACGUUGCCAAGAACAACAGCCAUCUAAUACGGUUUCAAAAGCGACGUUUUUUUGUAGUACCCACAGAAAAAAACCCAUGAAAAAUGAACAACUAAACAGCUAAAUCUGCACCACCUAAUAAAAAUAGGACAUUGCAAUCAAAAUAUUCGUUUACCUAUAAAAUGUUUGAAUGCACCAAAUAAUAGUAGUGAGAAUACUAGUAAACAGAAAAUAGGUGUCUUAAGAUUUUCAUGGUGAUGGUAGCAAAACGUGUGCCAGGAAUAAAACAUCAAUUUACAUAAUAGAAAUAAUAAUACUG